AGCGCUGUGGUACGGAGGUCAAGAGUGUUGUAACAAAUGUGUGAAGCUCCGUCACGGUCAACGGCACACAAAGUUUUAUUUGCACGCAUCCGCACACUGAGUUUGAAAACACAAACCAAAGAUCAAUCUCUUAUGGUGGGAGACCAGUCAUCCGAUUUGUUACAAUUAUUACAGCACGGGUCAUCUCUACUGACAAGAGAGAGAACGACUUGAUGUCAACUUUAAUCUAAUGCUCGAGUCCAAACAAAAGACACAUUGGAUAUUUUAGACAUUGUUUCACUACAACUAUGAAGUAUACCAUCCCAACAAGCAACAGUUAAAGUUAAGCCACUUAAAGAUCUAAGGUGAGUCCCACUAUGUCUUGGCCUCACCCUGCCUUCAAAAAUUAUUCGAGGCUAGAAGCACCAUACCAGCUUCCAGCUUUACCUGGUUUAAGAGCACCGCAACCUCAAACCACUUUGGACUUCUAUAACCCAGCUCAAAUCGCAAAUGGAUAUUACUUCUCUAAUCCGUUUGCACAGUCAGUCGACAGAUUGUACUCGCACUGCUCCAUACCCCAACAAGUCCCGCCACCCAUUUUUUUAACCCACCCUGAACCUGUACAUUACCAAUUAAAUACUUAUACACGGUUGCAGACUGCAUUUUACCUCCACAAUCCCCGAGUUCUAUUUCAUCCUCGAAAAGAGUUCCUUCCCUAUCCGCCAUCUUUCUACUCAGAAGGUUACACUAGUCACAUGCUAUUGAGCAUAGACAUGGUGGCAAGAUUUCCUCAUCUCUUCAAUGCCUAUAAUGUCAACAGUAGUUAUGCAAGUAUCAUAGAUCUUUAUAAAAAUACAUUAUGUGAGAUGGAUAUAAACCAACAGCUUUCUUUUAUCCCUUUGAAUUGUGAAAUAAGUAAUCCUUCAAUAUCUUUAAACAAAGAGCCUCCAACCAAAAUUGUAGCAUCAGAUUCUCAAGUUACUAAUGGCAGGAGAACAAAUCAGUUUUUCACCAGUGGCUUAACACCACAGUCAGAAUCUCAAGUCAUCAGAAGGAGGAGAUCACCUCAGCUUUCCAAUAGCAGCACAGUUCCAGUGCACACAGAUCUGCAGGAGAUUGAAGGCAGAAAAACUAAUCAACCAUCCACCAGUAACAAGCCUUCCUCCAGCCACUUAGCAUCAGUGCAGCCUUCCAGAAGCAACCAGGCAUCAGUUUCGACACAUUCUCAAAUAGUUGGUAACCAAAGAGAAAAUCAGCCUUCUAGAAACAACCAUGAAUCAAUUUCGACACAUUCUCAAGUAGUUGGUAACCAAAGAGAAAAUCAGCCUUCUAGAAACAACCAUGAAUCAGUUUCGACACAUUCUCAAGUAGUGGGUAACAAAAGAGAAAAUCAGCCUUCUAGAAACAACCAUGAAUCAGUUUCGACACAUUCUCAAGUAGUUGGUAACCAAAGAAAAAAUCAGCCUUCUAGAAACAACCAUGAAUCAGUUUCGACACAUUCUCAAGUAGUGGGUAACCAAAGAGAAAAUCAGCCUUCUAGAAACAACCAUGCAUCAGUUUUGACACAUUCUCAAGUAGUGGGUAACCAAAGAGAAAAUCAGCCUUCUAGAAACAACCAUGAAUCAGUUUCGACACAUUCUCAAGUAGUGGGUAACCAAAGAGAAAAUCAGCCUUCUAGAAACAACCAUGCAUCAGUUUUGACACAUUCUCAAGUAGUGGGUAACCAAAGAGAAAAUCAGCCUUCUAGAAACAACCAUGAAUCAGUUUCGACACAUUCUCAAGUAGUUGGUAACCAAAGAAAAAAUCAGCCUUCUAGAAACAACCAUGAAUCAGUUUCGACACAUUCUCAAGUAGUUGGUAACCAAAGAGAAAAUCAGCCUUCUAGAAACAACCAAGCAUCAGUUUCGACACAUUCUCAAGUAGUGGGUAACCAAAGAGAAAAUCAGCCUUCUAGAAAGAACCAUGCAUCAGUUUCGACACAUUCUAAAGUAGUGGGUAACCAAAGAGAAAAUCAGCCUUCUAGAAACAACCAUGAAUCAGUUUCGACACAUUCUCAAGUAGUUGGUAACCAAAGAGAAAAUCAGCCUUCUAGAAACAACCCUGAAUCAGUUUCUACACAUUCUCAAGUAGUUGGUAACCAAAGAGAAAAUCAGCCUUCUAGAAGCAACCAAGCAUCAGUUUUGACAGAUUCUCAAGUGGUAGGUAACCAAACAGAAAAUCAGCCUUCUAGAAGCAAUAAAGCAUCAGUUUUAAAACAUUCUCAAGUAGUUGGUAACAAAAGACAAAAUCAGCCUUCUAGAAACAACCAUGAAUCAGUUUCUACACAUUCUCAAGUAGUUGGUAACCAAAGAGAAAAUCAGCCUUCUAGAAGCAACCAAGCAUCAGUUUUGACAGAUUCUCAAGUGGUAGGUAACCAAACAGAAAAUCAGCCUUCUAGAAGCAACAAAGCAUCAGUUUUAAAACAUUCUCAAGUAGUUGGUAACAAAAGACAAAAUCAGCCUUCUAGAAACAACCAUGAAUCAGUUUUGACAGAUUCUCAAGUGUUAGGUAACCAAACAGAAAAUCAGCCUUCUAGAAGAAACAAGGCAUCAGUCUUGACACAAACUCAUGUAGCUUCUACCCAAAGAGAAAAUCAGCCUUCUAGAAGCAACCAGGCAACAGUCUUGACACAAACUCAUGUAGCUUCUACCCAAAGAGAAAAUCAUCAUUCUAGAAACAACCAGGCAUCAGUUUUGACAGAUUCUCAAGUAGUUGGUAACCAAAGAGAAAAUCAGCCUUCUAGAAACAACCAGGCAACAGUCUUGACACAUUCUCAGGUAGCUUCUAAUCAAAGAGAAAAUCAGCUUUCCAACUGCUGUUUAUCAGUGCAGCAAAUCCCUCCUAAAAUUAAUCGCAGGAAAACUUGUCCAGUGAAAAGAAAAUUAAAGGAAAAUGAAGCUAAACUAAAGACACCAACCAAAAAAAGAUUAAAAACGACAGAGUUGGCAGAUACCACAACACCUUUAUCAAGCCCAAGAGCCUCAUCACAGUUUGACAAUGCAAACACUGGCUUGAAUGGAUAUAGUAAGCCAACACCGACAGAGAUUCACAACUUCAACGAAAACAUGAAAGCCUUACCAAAUAGUCCAGCUACUACUCAGCAAAUGUCACCAUAUCCAAACAUUCUAUUACAAAAUGAAUCAAUAUCAAAUGAAUCUUAUCAGUAUGGCAGUAAAGGUCUACAUUCUCCCUAUGGACAUCCUGCUUAUCAAAGCACACCUGUAAAUCAUUGCCAGGAUAAAAUGUCACACAAUGCAAUCAAAGUAAGGACCACACAAAGUCAAUCCAACUAUGAGAAAUCAACAAAUUUUUCCAAUAUAAGAAAAUGUGAUAAUAACAAUGACUAUAAUGUCUCAGAUCUUGGUGCCAAUUUUGUAGGCACUUUAUCCAAAAACUUGGAAGUUUCAUCAGAGCAAAGCAAACAAAUGUAUGCUGGAUAUAUGCAGAGAGACUCGGCAACUGUAAAUUUUUCUAGUUCAGGUCAAAGUGUCCCUAAUGGCAUGUCCCAUCCCAUGCAUGAAAGAGUUAAAAGUCAGUUCUUGAAUCCUGUUGAGGGUGAAAGAGUUAAAAGUCAGUUCUUGAAUCCUGUUGAGGAGGAAAGAGUUAAAAGUCAGCUCUUGAAUCCUAUUGAGGAGGAAAGAGUUAAAAGUCAGCUCUUGCAUACUGUUGAGGAGGAAAGAGUUAAAAGUCAGCUCUUGCAUCCUGUUGAGAAGGAAAGAGUUAAAAGUCAGUUCUUGAACCCUGUUGAGAAAGAAAGAGUUAAAAGUCAGUUCUUGAAUCCUGUUGAGAAGGAAAGAGUUAAAAGUCAGUUCUUGAAUCCUGUUGAGAAGGAAAGAGUUAAAAGUCAGUUCUUGAAUACUGUUGAGGAGGAAAGAGUUAAAAGUCAGCUCUUGCAUGCUGUUGAGGAUGAAAGAGUUAAAAGUCAGUUAUUGAAUACUGUUGAGAUUAAAAGAGUUAAAAGUCAGCUCUUGCAUCCUGUUGAGGAUGAAAGAGUUAAAAGUCAGUUCUUGAAUCCUGUUGAGGAGGAAAGAGUUAAAAGUCUGUUCUUGAAUCCCCUUGAGAAGAAAAGAGUUAAAAGUCAGUUCUUGAAUCCUGUUGAGGAGGAAAGAGUUAAAAGUCAGCUCUUUCAUCCUGUUGAGGAUAAAGUUGAAACAUAUAAACAGCCAGACAUAGAUCCCAAUAAGAUUGGGUAUGAUUACAAUUACAAUGUUGCCUUAGAUCUCUCUUCCUCCAGCUCCAUCAAAAGGACCAAUGUUGUUCAAGCAUCAGAAAGCACAUCUCAAGCCAAAGACAGGUGUGAAGAUGUGAAAUCUUUAGUCUCUGACUUGUCAUUAGUGCCCCACCUGGGUUCAAAUCUUCACUUAGUCGAACAACAGCAGACAAACGAUUUAUCAACCAUUAGUGCAGAUGGUGUCCCCUGCCAUGAAAUAAUGUCAGAUAAUGUCCCCUGCUAUGAAGGAAUGUCAGAUAAUGUCCCCUGCUAUGAAGGAAUGUCAGAUAAUGCCCCCUGCUAUGAAGGAAUGUCAGAUAAUGUCCCCUGCUCUGAAGGAAUGUCAGAUAAUGUCCCCUGCGCUGAAGGAAUGUCAGAUAAUGUCCCCUGCUCUGAAGGAAUGUCAAAUGAUGCAGAGAGUAAAAGUGCAUCUUUUCAGCCAAUCACAAUGGAAAGGGAGCCAGUAAAAACAGAAGAGAUGGCCCCAACUGACCAGGGGCUUGAGAACGAGUCAAAUAAUGACAAUCAUCACAUAAUCAAUGAAGUGGUUUCAGUUUCUUUGUUGGAUCAAGAAGGUGUACACAUCAAAGAAGAUUGUAUUGAUUCUGGUAAAAAUACAGAGCGAUGCAAAGAAAAUAGGAACACCAAUCCCAGUAUUAAUAGCACUGCUGUUAGUGGUAGUCACAGAAGUCCAACACUUUGUUUAGAGAAUCUUGCUUCUUGCAGUCAGGCUGGUCCAGGACAAUACCAUUUUACAGCUUCUCUUUUUAAUGACAUUCAAAACUCUUCCCUACAGUCACUUGAGAAUGCCUGUCGUGACCCUCACCAACCAAGACAAUCAGAUUGUAACCAGCAAAGUUCUUCCAAGAACAGUAAUCUGUUCACUAACCAUUUCCUUCCUUAUAACACAAAUGAAUUUGAGUGGUAUAAGGGAGAUAAGUUAAAUUACACUGAGAACUCUCUGGCUUCUUCUGGUGACACAUUCUGUAACAGCCGGAGACUGUACAUUGACACACCGUAUGAUGACAUUCAAUAUGAUAGCCCAGAAGAAAUAGAAGUCUAUCCAAGGCUUAUUAAUGUGAACAAGACAAAGGACUGUGAUAUUUCAUGUGAUAAAAUGUCUGAAAAUGAUUCUAAAUCUAGUGUUGUCCAAAUUAAUUCAAUAGUUUCUUGUGAAAAUGAUUUCAUUUCAAACAAUUUAUCUCCGCCAACCCAAGCUAGUUGUAGCCAAGAAGAGAAUGUCUUAGAGAAGACAGAUCAAGUAGAUGGUCAAGAAGAGAUUCAAAGUUUACAAGGCACUGACUUAUAUCAAGACACAAAUCUUCAGUGUAGCUCAGGGUCUGAUAAAACAAUAAGUGUUAUGUCAUCUACUACUAGUGAUUUUGAUUCUAAAUGGGAGAUAAUUUAUAGUUCAGGGGCCAGUUAUAAUCCUAAUCACACAGAGUCUACAUUAUCUGCCCCAUCGUACAGUACGCAGCUUUCAGCAGCACAGAGAGAUAAACCGGACAAUCUGACCAAUGACAAUAGCAAGUCUGGUGUUUACUGGCAUGAGAUGGAAAGGUCACCGAGCAAUAAUUUUGCUGCCCCAUGGGAUAUAAUGCACAAUUCAGAAUCUACUGUGAAUCGAAAUAGUCAAGUGUUUCAAGCUGCCACUGAGAUUGACAACCAAUCAUCUCAUUUAGACAAUCACGAGCAUCAAGGCAGCACGCCAAUAGAAGAAAACGCCUCUGACCAUCAAAGACUGGAUCCUGGUAGCCAAAGCUCUGCCCCACUGAAUUGUGCUAUACAGUACAAUUGCGGAAGAAUGACUGGCCACACAAGUGCCUCAAUACCAACAGGAGAUCCUUCACUCAUGCUUGGUAGCCAGGAGAAUGCAGGUACAGAGUGGAGCAGUAAUGAAGAAAGUACUCAGUUGAAUCUCGUGUCGACGGUUAAUUCCCGCCAUGUUGAUAGGGAACAAACAGAAAAUCCUGUAAACUUAAAAUCUGAGCCAGUUAAUUAUCAGACUAAAACUAGAGCUGACAAUCAAUGCGGUCAAGCAUCUAAUCAGAAAGACCAACAAUGCGAAGCAUUUUUUACAGGGACUUUAAGGCGACGCACUAAGUACGAAAAAAAACAGGAAGACAAUAAAAAUGUUAACACACCUGAAAAUCAGAUGAGAUCAGCUUCCUUUAAACAAGUUCCAUCCCUUGAGUCUGUGGAUGAUUGCCCACCAACUCUUGAAGAUGAAAGCAAAAAGAUAAAUUGCCCUGCUGCAGAUGAUUGCCCCUUAAGUCCGCCUAUUCUUGAAAAUGAAAGCCUACGAACAAAUGAAAGGAUCGCAAAUAUGAGAAAUGUAGGAAAAGCAUGUGGCUUUAGAGACGCCGCUAGUUUGGAGAAGCCAGUUCAAUUAAAAACUGAACACAGCAGCAAGCAGACAAAGUUGAACGCAAAAAUUGACCCUAAAAUAAUGAACCAAAAGUCUAUAUGGAGUGACACAACCUAUUUGAGCAGAGGGAAACAAAUGCUCCGCAAAUCCCACGAACAAACAAUCACUCAACGCUACAAGUCAAUAAACAAACCGAACAACAGCAGUACUUCCACCUUUAAAAAUCCAGCGGUCAGUCUAAAUCACAGCAAAAAAACUUUAAGUGCCUUGAAAAAACCUAGACCAUUAUACCAAAGUAGUUUUCAAGUAUUAGAUUUGAGACACACAUCAAAAAGGAAAAGCUGUCUAGGUUUUAUUGUAACAGAACUGAAACAUUUCAUGCCAGUAGAUUCACAGAUAAGUUUCAAGGCCCAGAUAAUUUAUAAUUUUCUGGUGAUUAAACUGGAAGAUAUAAGCCAGCUAUAUAAGCCAUUGGUUGCUCAAAUGCUGCUCACGGCACCAAAGGGCACCGCUACAAACCAGAUGUCAUCCCAAUCUUCUAGUUCUAGUGUUAGAAUCACUGCAGUCAAUGGCCCAGCUGGCAAUGCUAUUCCUGUGGUGACAAAAUUAAGGUGUGAUACCUGUGGCUUUUAUUAUUCCUGCGCCAUGAUGCAACACAUCGACAGUGAUAGACAUCAACAGUUCACCAAAAAGCCAGGAUUUUACGCCAGUUUGGACGAGCUUAUUUCCACUUUGAACUCUGUAGACCAGAUGGUUCAGAAACUAAAAACUCUCGGCUCUUCAUUUCAUGAAAACAAUGGCACAACGUCUCAAGACAGCAGCUCUGAAAAUAAAGAAAAUGUUCUGCCUUAUCAAAGUGACAAUGAAAACAUUGCUACCAGUAACCAAAUUGUAGCAACAAGAAAGCACUGUAGUAAAUACUGAAAAA